AUGGCCCAGUCACCCCCUCCUCGGAGCCUCCAGGGCUUCGACCACUGGGUCUUCUCCCAGAGCUGGGGCUGGACCCAGCACUCAGAUUCCACGUCCCCGGCCUCAUCCUCGGAUUCAUCCGGAUCGUGUCCCUGCUACAUCGCCCGCCGGCCCUCGCAGUCCACGGGCCUGGCCCGCAGCUCGAGCAAAGCCCAGGCCGCCCCGACGGCGACCCGACGUGCGCGCCCCGCGCCGGCUGGAGGACAGCGGCAGAGCGCUAGUGAGCGGGAGAAGCUGCGCAUGCGCACACUCGCCCGAGCGCUGCAUGAACUGCGCCGCUUCCUGCCGCCGUCUGUGGCGCCUGCUGGCCAGAGCCUGACCAAGAUCGAGACUCUGCGACUGGCCAUCCGCUACAUCGGCCACCUGUCGGCCGUGCUGGGCCUCAGCGAGGACAGUCUGCAGAGCAGGCGCCGACGGAGCGCAGACACCGCGUCCUCUCACCGAUGCCCUCUGUGCCCCGACGGCAGCCAGUCGCAGGCUCAGUUGCUUGGCUCUGGCCUGGGAUCAACCAUUAGUAGUGGGGUGUCCUGGGUGUCCCCUCCCGCUUGUCCCGGACCCCGAGUUUCACCUGAAAACCUUGGGAGCAGGAUCUCCAACGUGGAUCCCUGGGUGACACCUCCUUAUUGUCCCCAAAUACAGUCACCCUUGAACCAGUCCUUAGGAAGAGUCCCCGACACCUCUCACUGGACACCACCCCAAGCCUAUUCUGGUGUGCAGACAUCCCCAGAGCCUAGCAACAAGACUGGACUCUGGUCACCAUCCACUGCUUCCGCAGAGCUGACUGAAGUGUACCAGAGUCUUUCCGUGUCUCCAGAACCCUGCUUGUCCCUGGGAAGCCCACCCCUCCUGCCCCGCCCUUCGUGCCAGAGACUACAGCCUCAACCUCAGUGGGGCUGCUGGGGCCACCAUGCAGAGGCGCUCUCCAGCUCCGAGGACCAAGGUUCCGGUCCAGCCUUCCGGCUCCCUGUACCCAGCCCCACCCCGGGCUCAAGCCUGCAACUCAGUAGCUGUCCUGAACUUUGGCAGGAAGACCUGGAGGGACCCCCACUGAAUAUCUUCUACUAA